CGUAUUCUGUUUGCCUCGCUUGGCGUCGGAGAGUGGCAUUUAUAUCCUGCCUCACUUCUCUCCGUCGCUGCCUACACCAAAGUUAACCUGCACCUCGACCACAGCCACAAUAUAAUAUAUAUAUAUAUAUAUAUAUAUAUAUUAUUUGGCAGCCUGAAUACAAGAGACAAGCGAUAAAAAGAUUUGAAUCGACGCGAUCUCGAUACACACAAGAAACUGUUCUUUACCACCCUCGACUGAUUGCUCAACAUGAGCUCGCCCUCCGUUCAGUUGCACCCUCCCUCGUCCGCCAGCUCCCAGGGCGUGACGCCGCGCUCCUCCUCCGAAUCCGCCGUCGGUAUGGGCUUCGACAUUGUCCGCUGCUCGCGCUGCCAGUGCUCGCUCAGCCUAGACCACCCGUCGUCGCCGGGUGUCGUCCGGUUCGGCAUGAACUCCUACUACUGCAGCCGCUGUGCUUCCAUGGUCGGCUUUAUCCGCUGAAAGACGGUCACCGGAAUUACAAUACAAAAAACCAACCAUCCGAACCCCAGAAGAAUGAGGCAAAUCAAUCAAUCUCUUUGGACCGCACCAUCCAACUCUUCGAAUUCGACUUUUUGCAGUGAUUCUAUCGGAGGAGGAGAAAAAGAAUUGGGAACCCCGAUAUC